ACUGUAUUUACUGAUUUAAUACUCCAGCAGCCCUAUGGUAUGGGUAUUCUAGCACCAUUUACAGAUAAGAAACCAAACUGUGGCUAUGAGUCUUCCCCUAGAUGCACAGAGGUGGCCUGACUUCAGAGUCCAUGCUAGUGCCCACAGAGCAAGACUGCCAUUUCCACGUGAUCGAAUCAGCCACAAAUAUUAAACGCAAGGUACUUACAACUGCAACCAAAAACAGGUUUGCUGAAUGUGCAAAGAUCCAGUCAAGUCCAGCUGAAGGUGGAUGGGGCUGAGUCUCCCCUUCUCCCAUCUACCUAAUGGUAACUGGCUCCAGACACUGCCAGGGGGCGCUUCUCACAAGCUUAUGUAUUGUUUGCAGGCCCAGAUUAGGGUCAGAUGAGAGCACUUAUUUUGGGGUGUAUAAGUUUAUGGCACAGCUUUUUAUUUAUCUGUCACCGUACAAAGUUAUUGCCGAAUUGACUCUAUUCCCUAUGCUGUACUAGGACAUAGAAAAGAGCUAAUAGAAUCUCUUAAGAAACAAAAUUGGUAAUGCCUUCAUUACCCUAGGCCUUUCUUGGCCUUUGAUGCCCAUCCUGAAAAUUGUCUGUGAGGCUAGGGUGCCAAUAGUUGGAGAGAACUUGAAAGAAUGUGGGUCCUAGCCAUCGGCACUCAUGAACUGUAGGAAUUCAUGUCAUUUACCAGGCACUGCAUAAGUGUCAUUAAGGAAAAUUACUGCACGUGUAAGAACUGAGCUAAAUGCCUCUAAAGAGCUUUGACAUGGUUGGGGGCAGAGGAAGGCAACAUUGCUGUGAUGACUGAAAAAACUAAGGAAAGCUAAAGAAAGACUUUUAGGGGUAAUGCACUCCCUAAAGACUGAAGUCUUUGCUGUCAGGGCAACUGGGGACACAAAACCCAUUUUGUGAUCACCGGCUGGGCUAGGAUUUAGGUUUUACAUAGCUUCCUUCUAGGGGUACCUUCAUGCCUCCUUUAAAUCCUGCCAGCCUUAGAGUUGUAGUCCUCAAACUUAGCUGCAUAUGUGAAUCAUCUGAUGAGUUAGACACCUGAAGUCCAUGGCCUUUUCCUAGUGGUUCUGAUUGAAUUGUUAGUGUCCUAAUUGGAAUAGAGUAUUUGGACUCAGCAUCACCUAGAAUUUGUUGGAAAUGUCAACUCCUGGGCCCAGCCCAGUCCUACUGAAUCAGAGUUUUUGGAAGUGAGGCCCAGCAGUCUGUGCAUUAACAAGACCUCCAGGUGAUUCUGACACUUGGAUUCUAAAGUUAGGAGGCCACAGAUGAAGGCAUCACAAUGGUUACAGGUCUCCAGAUAAUUCUGAUAUGCAAUGAAGUUUGAGAACCACACCGUUAAUAAAACUACACUGCAAAGAUGGGGUUCCAGGGCAGCUGAAGGCUGACCAAUCGGUCAUGUUUUCACUCUUCCUCUUAUCAAAACCAUCUGUCUACCCCCGGGUUAGAAACAAGAGUUUGCAGUAUGAACAUGGAUGGUGAAUAGCAUCUAAGAGAAGUCUAGAGCAGGGGAUUUAAAGCCCCAGACAACUUCUCAAUGGAAUAAGAAUGAGUGACUAAGAAGAUGAAAGAAUGUGACCAUGAGCUGAUUGUGAAGACAAAUCUGAUCCUGCAAAAGAGUAGGUUGGAAUGAGUGAUUGUUUUUUCCAUUCUUAAUCUUUCUCUACCUCAUGGAAAAGGACAACAGCUGCCUCUUAUCUACCUUGCUGAAGAGCUGAGCUGUUCCAUCCCCUUACGCUACUUGAACCACCUGCAAUUGAAGGUGGUUACAAGUCUUGCUAUGAGGUUCUCUUAAGAAAUUGGAAGGAAAGCCCACAUUGAACCUGCCUCAAGGUCAAGGAUAUUUAUGAGAACGAGAUCCAAGAAAUCCUGAAUCUUUUAUGCAUAUCCUUAGAGUCUGGUAAGAGAGCAGAUCCUUUGCAAGAGAGAAAUGAGCAGUGUGCAGGGAGGUAUUCCACGGCAGAAAUUUCACCUAGGGACACCUGCCAGGAUGUCCAGGAGGCUCAGCUCCCAGUUACAGCAAAAAUUCCCGGAAGAUGUCUACUGUGAGAAACACCUGGAACUAGUGCAGUUGUUCUGUGUUGAUGACCAAAUCCUGCUGUGUGGCCAGUGCUUCCACUCUCAGGAGCACGAGAAUCACCUGGUGUGUGGAGUACAAGAGGCUGCUGGCAUCUAUAGGAAGUUAUUCCAGGAGAUAUUGAACACAUUGAAGGAGAAACUUGAAGUAGCUAAAAGCAUAUUGGCUGAUGAGCAAGAAAGAAUGGUGGUGAUUCAGGGAGAAGAGCAGGAUUUCAAAGAGAUGAUUGAGUCUGAAUAUAGAAUAAGGUUCCAGUUGAUGGUUGAAGAGAUGAACUUCCGGAGCCUACAAGACUGCGUAUUCAACCCAAAGUUGAGGGAAGACCAUCUGAAUCAAGUGCUGGCAUUUGCCACAGAGCUGAAGGGGCAGUCCCAGGAAACGCUACAGAGACUGAACGAUUUGGGGAAAGAGAACAUGAAUAAACUGAAGGAGAGUGAAGGCCGGCUUUCGGGACACAUCUGCAGCCUCCAAAAGAUGACUGUAGAGCUGGAGAAGAAGUGUGGGAAAUACACCCUAAUGGUGCUCCAGAAUGCAGGAUCUUCUUUGAAAAGGAGUGAGUCACUACUGCUUCAGUGUCUGGAGCAAGCCCAAAUCACGGACCUGAGUUUAUGCCAAGUAACAGGAAUGAGCAGAAUGCUCAAAGUUCUGCAAAGAGCUGUCACUUUGGAUCCUAAAACAGCUAAUCCCUGUUUGGUCUUAUCUGAGGAUCUGAGAAGCAUGCAUCUCAGAAAUGUCCAGCAGGACGUGCCUCGCAGCCCAGGAAGAUUUGUCUUUAGUGCCACCGUGUUGGGUGUGGAAAGCUUCACCUCAGGGAGGCACUACUGGGAGGUGGAUGUGGAGAAGGCCACCAAGUGGCAGUUGGGGGUAUCUGAAGAUUCUGCCAGCAGACAUGGUGAUCUACCCACCGCUUCGGGAAAUAAAGUCUUGCUCAUGGGUUCUUUGAUGGGAACCAAUUAUACCUUCUGGGCCUUUCCCCCUCUGAAGAGGGUCUCCUUGAGAGGAGAGCAGAUGCACAAAGUUGGAGUCUUCCUAGACUGUGAGUCUGGGCACAUAUCCUUCUAUGAUGUGGCAAACAGAUCCCUCAUUUAUAAUUUCUCUUCCCUCACCUUCCAAGGAGCUCUCAGGCCCAUAUUUUCUCUUUGUAUCCCAAGUGGAGUCACAAAUUCAGACUCACUUAGCAUUUGCCUUCCUCCCGUUUCUUCUUGUGAUGUUACUGUUAGCCCACAGUCUUCCUUGGCAUGAAAUCUAAGAGGGGGCAGAAGUAAAGAGUUUGACUUUGUAAAAGAAUCUACAUAAAGUAAUCCAAUAAAAGAUUUCUCACACUUGA